AUGGGAGCAGAAAAGGUUGAAGAUAUCGUUUUUGAGGAAAUUGAGAAGCCAAAGACCGAUGAAGGGCAAGGCGUGUUUGCGAAGGUGCUAACAAAGAUCAGCGCAGCAUCUAAGCGACUAGAUGCCAUGGGAGUUGAAAUGCGAGGAAUCCAACGUAUUCCGGGGUAUGAGAGAGGCACAUCAAAGCAGUUUUUGAGCGUAGCGGGACUGUGGUUGAGCGCUGCUGGGGGCCUCUCGUCUAUGUCAUCAUAUUUCCUAGGACCGCUUCUGUUUGAGCUGACAUUUCGCCAGUCGUUAGUGAGUGGGCUGAUUUCCAUGGCCCUUGGCUGUGCAGUUGCUGGCUACCUUUCGACGAUGGGUCCCCAGUCCGGCUGCCGGCAAAUGGUGACCGCUCGGUAUCUAUUCGGAUGGUAUUUUGUCAAGUUUGUGUCUCUAGCAUCUAUUAUCGGUGUGAUGGGAUGGAGUAUCGUGAAUUGUGUUGUCGGAGGUCAGAUGUUGGCGGCUGUUUCUGACAGCAAAAUCCCACUAUGGGUGGGCAUCAUAAUAGUCACGGCAGUAUCAUUUUUCGUCGCUAUCUUCGGUAUCAAACAGGUCUUGAGGGUGGAGACCUUCCUCUCGGUUCCUGUGCUUACGUGCUUUACUCUUCUGUACAUUGCGGCCAGCGACAAGUUCCAUCUGCUCGACUCUUUCCAAAAUGGCGACGUCGACCGUUUGACAAUCAAGGGUAACUGGCUCUCAUUUUUCUCACUUUGUUACAGUAUCACUUCUACAUGGGGUUCCAUCACCGCUGACUACUAUAUUCUCUUCCCAGAAGACACUGCGCAUUAUAAGGUGUUUUUGCUAACAUUUUUUGGCACACUGCUCCCUACAACAUUUGUUGGUGUUUUGGGCCUAAUAUUAGGCUCUUGUGCUCUCUCCUACGAGCCAUGGAACGAGGCUUAUGGCAAAUAUGGGAUGGGAGGCUUACUGUACUCUGGAUUUCAGCGCUGGAACGGUUUUGGAAAGUUCUGCGUGGUGGUACUUAUUCUGAGUUUAAUUUCCAACAACAUCAUAAACACCUACUCUGCUGCAUUCAACCUCCAGCUUUCGAGCAUUCACAUGGCUCGUGUUCCUCGUUGGAUCUGGGCCAUUCUGUGCACUAUUUUUUAUCUGGUGUGCGCCCUGGUCGGCAGAAACCAUUUCAGUGAUAUCCUUGGAAACUUCCUGCCCAUGAUCGGCUACUGGAUCAGCAUGUACUUCAUUAUUCUUUUGGAGGAGAAUUUGAUAUUCCGCUCGCACUUUUUGCAUUUAUACACCAAAGAAUUCCCUCCACAACCGGUAGAGGAACGCUUAUCGCGGCUGAUGCUACGUGACAUCAAGAACAAGAAAGUUUCGGCUCGUAAGUGCUCCUACAACUGGGAAAUGUGGAACAACGAAAGAGUUCUCACUCACGGCUAUGCCGCUACUUUUGCCUUUUUGGUUGGUGUUGGCGGCGUCGCGCUUUCGAUGGCACAAGCAUACUGGAUUGGCCCCAUCGCUCGUCACUUCGGCGAAUAUGGUGGAGAUCUCGGAAUGUGGGUCAGUAUGGGAUUCUCCGGGGUAGUUUACCCAGCGCUGAGGUACCUGGAACUCCGCAAAUUUGGCCGCUAA